AUGCGCUUCACUCAAAUCAUCGCCGCUGCCGUGCUCGCAGCUCCUCUCGCUUUGACGGCUCCUGUCUCAGCUCCUGCUACCCUCACCACCGCCAAUCUCAACUGUGAUCUCACCACUGACCCUCGCUAUGCCACCGCUCUCUCGCAGGUGGAGGAAAGAUACCCCAACCUACCCAAAGAGGAUGCCAACACUGCAGCUCUGGGCUACCUCGAAGCUGUUGGUGUACACGUCGCUGUUGGUUUCUCCAACAGCACUGCUUUGACUAAGCGUGAUAGAAAGAAGAAAGCCUGCUGCAAUAAUUGUGAGGACUGCUUCAGUGCCAUCUUCACACUCGGCGGUUGCUGCAUUUCGGAUGGGUGGAAGUGGCACGGUCCAAAGUUUGAGCUGCCACCCAUCAGAAGUGAUGUAUUCAGAUGA